CGGGGACGGCACAACUCGCCGGGCUUGGCGGCAGCGCCAUUUUGAACUGGCUGAGGGUCGGAGGCGGCGGCUGGCGAGCUGGGCUCCGAGGGAGAGCCCGCGAGGAAGGAGCGGACAUGGCCGCGAAUAGAAACCUGAAGCAAGUGCGGAUCGAAAACAGCUCCCCAGCGGCGCCGCUGGGCAUGGUGGGGGGUGGCGGCGGCGGCACCCUGAAAGGAUUGCGCGGCCUAGAAGCGGAGAGCGAGGCGGCGGCGGCCAUGGCUCUGGCGCCGAGCAAAGAAGGUGGCGGAGAUGAGGAGCGGGAGGUUGGGUUCACUAUCGAUAUCAAGAGCUUUCUCAAACCUGGCGAGAAGAGCUACACGCAGCGUUGCCGGCUCUUCGUGGGGAAUCUGCCUACUGAUAUCACCGAGGAGGAUUUCAAGCGCCUUUUCGAGCGCUACGGGGAGCCCAGCGAGGUCUUCAUCAAUCGAGACCGUGGCUUCGGCUUCAUCCGCCUGGAAUCUAGGACCCUGGCUGAAAUAGCAAAGGCAGAACUUGAUGGUACUAUUUUGAAGAGCAGACCACUUCGAAUUCGAUUUGCUACCCAUGGAGCUGCCUUAACGGUGAAGAAUCUGUCUGUGGUUUCCAAUGAGCUGCUGGAACAAGCAUUCUCUCAAUUCGGGCCAGUGGAAAGAGCGGUUGUUGUAGUAGAUGAUCGUGGCAGAGCUACAGGGAAAGGUUUUGUAGAGUUUGCAGCAAAACCUCCGGCACGGAAAGCUCUAGAAAGAUGCAGUGAUGGGGCAUUCUUGCUUACAACAACACCUCGACCUGUUGUUGUAGAACCAAUGGAGCAAUUUGAUGAUGAGGAUGGACUCCCUGAGAAGCUAAUGCAAAAAACACAACAGUACCACAAGGAAAGAGAACAACCACCACGCUUUGCUCAGCCUGGAACAUUUGAGUUUGAGUAUGCUUCACGGUGGAAGGCUCUUGAUGAGAUGGAAAAGCAGCAGCGUGAACAGGUUGACAGGAACAUUAGAGAAGCCAAAGAGAAACUUGAGGCAGAAAUGGAAGCAGCUAGACAUGAGCAUCAGCUAAUGCUGAUGAGGCAAGAUCUCAUGCGUCGUCAAGAAGAAUUGAGGCGCUUGGAAGAACUUCGAAACCAAGAACUUCAAAAACGCAAGCAGAUACAAUUGAGACAUGAAGAGGAGCACAGACGUCGUGAAGAAGAGAUGCUACGCCAGAGGGAGCAGGAGGAAUUACGACGACAGCAGGAGGGAGGAUUUAAGCCAAAUUUCAUGGAUAAUAGAGAACAGGAAAUGAGAAUGGGUGAUAUGGGUCCUCGUGGAGCAAUAAACAUGGGAGAUGCGUUUAGCCCAGCACCUGCUGGUAACCAAGGCCCUCCUCCAAUGAUGGGUAUGAAUAUGAACAACAGAGGAACUUUACCUGGCCCUGCAAUGGGUCCUGGUCCUUCCAUGGGACCAGAAGGAGCUGCAAAUAUGGGAACACCAAUGAUGCCAGAUAAUGGAACAGUGCAUAAUGAGAGAUUCCCUCAAGGAGGCCCAUCCCAGAUGGGUUCACCUCUGGUUAGUAGAACGGGCUCUGAAACUCCUCAGCCGCCAAUGAGUGGUGUAGGUGCCGUGAGUGGUGGACCUGGUGGCUUUGGUAGAGGAAACCCAGGGGGCAACUUUGAAGGACCUAACAAGCGUCGCAGAUACUAAAUCUUAAUUCAUUCCUUACUGUUUUAGAAAUUCCAGUAAAAUUAUACAGUGAUAUGCCUUUAUCAUUUUAGCUGUUAUCUGGAAACGGUUCUAUUGUUAUUGUAGUCUUUAAAACAGUUUCUUUUGUAAAACUUUUUUUGUAUUCAGUCAUAGGCUUUGUAGUAUAGAGCAGAAAUGAUGCGGAUCAUUAUGUAAGGCAAUGUGUUUGUGACUCUAGCAAAAUACAAUGUGUGACUAUGCUGUAAAACGUGCAGUUAUCUGAUUACAAUAAAACAAAAAUCACUGGAAAGGAUUUUGGGAAUGUUAUUACUAAUACUGAGUAAGAAUAAUUUUAUGCUUAAUUAUAAGUGGCAUAAUUUUCAUUUUUACGUAGUUUCUACUAUGUGUCAAGAAAGUUCAUUCUUUAUAGUGAGUGUUUAGCUAAAAUGCGUGGUGCAGUGCAUACUAUGAAAAACUUAAAACACACCUGCUUUUGUUUUGACUUUCAAAGAGCAUAAGAUUUUAUACAACGUGUUCUCAAAGGUACUGUGUCCUUGCAUCUCAAUCCACCAUUGCAAACUUAGUCACAGUAGUCUUAUCAACAGAGGUUAUCUGUCAGACAGUUUAUUAGAAAAUUUAACUUGGGGAGGGAUAAAAAAAACUUCGGAAAGGUAUCUCUGUGUAUGCUAUAUUCAUAACAGUGUGAGUGAAUUUACCUAAACCAUAUUUAUAGAGGAGAAAAUUGGUUGUGACAUCUGUGUGUUCUGCUGAUGGUUGAAGUAUCUUCCAUAGCAAGGAAGGAGACAUUUCUGCACGCUGGUCGAAAGCUUUCCGCUGUGUUCGCAUGUCAUUAUUGAUAAGUAUACAUUUCCCCCAGUGGUUGGUUUGAAUAAAAACAUGUCUGUUAUCAAUGAGUAACUGUUUGAUUAGGAAGCAAAUACAUGUUUUCCAAUGAAAAUAAGUGUUCACUUAUAGUUGAGUAAUACACAUUUAGAAGGAGUGCACACGAGUAUUCUUCAGAACGGUUUUACAGAACAAGGCAUUUUGAAAAUGCCCAUUUACAGCACAACUCAGGGUAGAUUUGCUGAUUGAGUUUUAAGAUA